AGACACUUCUACAACCAGCCCUUUCCAAGGGACAUCUACACGAUGGGGUCAUUGAAGAGUCCUAUCUUCAUCUUGGUCCUCCACCUUCUGGAAGGGGUUCUGAGCAACUCCCUCAUCCAGCUGAACAAAAAUGGCUAUGAAGGCAUCGUCAUUGCCAUCGACCAUGAUGUGCCCGAAGAUGAAGCCCUCAUUCAACACAUAAAGGACAUGGUGACGCGAGCCUCCCCAUACCUGUUCGAAGCUACGGGGAAAAGAUUUUAUUUCAAAGAUGUUGCCAUUUUAAUUCCUGAAAGCUGGAAGACAAAAGCUGAGUAUGAGAGGCCAAAACUCGAAACCAUCAAAAAUGCCGAUGUCCUGGUGUCAGCAACCAGCCCUGUGGGUGAGGACCAGCCACACACCGAGCACGUGGGAGCAUGUGGAGAGAAGGGACUCAGGAUUCACCUCACCCCCAGCUUCUUAGCAGGAAAGAAGCUGAAAGAGUACGGACCACAAGAGAGGGCGUUUCUCCACGAGUGGGCUCAUCUCCGAUGGGGGGUGUUCGAUGAAUACAACAAUGAAGAGAAAUUCUACCUAUCCAAAGGAAAAACUGAAGCAGUGAGAUGUUCAGCAGCUAUCACCGGGAAAAAUGUAGUCCGUUGGUGCCAGGGAGGCAGUUGUGUCAAUAAAGGAACCUGCAGAAUAGACAAAGUAACCGGACUCUAUGGAAAAGACUGUGUGUUCUUACCAGACAAACAACAAGUCGAGAAGGCAUCCAUAAUGUACUCUCAAACUAUUGAUUCUGUUGUUGAAUUCUGUACAGAAAAAAACCACAACAAGGAAGCCCCAAAUGCCCAGAACCAACAGUGCAAUCUCCGCAGCACGUGGGAAGUGAUCCAGGGCUCUGAGGACUUUCGGCAGAGCACGCCCAUGACGACUCAGCCACCCACACCCACCUUCUCUCUGCUGCAGAUUGCACAGAGAAUUCUGUGUCUAGUUCUGGAUAAGUCUGGGAGCAUGAUAGAUGAUGACCGCCUUAACCGUCUUAAUCAGGCAAGCCAGCUUUUCCUGCUCCAGACCGUGGAGCAGGGAUCCUGGGUCGGGAUGGUGACAUUUGACAGCGCGGCCUACGUAAAAAGCGAACUCAAACAGAUAAAAAGUGCUGCUGACAGAGACCUGCUGACCAAAAGCUUACCCACAGUACCUGCAGGAGGGACAUCUAUAUGCUCUGGGCUUCAAGCAGCCUUUACAGUGAUUAAGAAGAAGUAUCCAACCGAUGGAUCUGAAAUCGUGCUGCUGACGGACGGCGAGGACAACAACAUCGGCGCCUGCUUUGACCUGGUGAAGAGGAGUGGAGCCAUCAUCCACACGGUGGCCCUGGGCCCGGCUGCUGCUAAAGAGCUCGAGCAGCUGUCCACAAUGACAGGAGGUUUGCAGACGUAUGCUUCUGAUCAGGCUCAGAACAACGGCCUUGUUGAUGCUUUCGCAGCCCUUUCAUCAGGAAAUGGAGCUGCCUCUCAGCGCUCCAUCCAGCUGGAGAGCAGGGGAGCCAAUCUCCAGAAGGACCAGUGGAUGAAUGGCUCGGUCAUUGUGGACAGCACAGUGGGGAAGGACACUUUAUUUCUUGUCACCUGGACAACACAAGCUCCUCAAAUUCUUCUCUGGGAUCCCAGUGGGACGAAACAAGGUGGCUUUGUUGUAGACCCAGCCACCAAGAUGGCCUACCUCCAAGUCCCAGGCACUGCCAAGAUUCGUUCAUCUCCUUGUCAAGGUGCUGAUGCUACCAAGAAUGAUGGUGUCUACUCAAGAUUUUUUACAGCUUUUGAUACAAAUGGUAGAUACAGCAUAAAAAUAUGGGCUCUGGGAGGAAUUACAACAGACAAGCAGAGAACAUUACCUCAGAAUGGAGUCAUGUAUAUAGACGGCUGGAUUGAAAAUGGUGAAGUAAAAUUCAAUCCUCCACGUCCUGAAACUAAUACUGUCCAAGACAAGCAACUGUGCUUCACUAGGACGUCUUCUGGGGGGUCAUUCAUGGCCUCGAACGUCCCCUCGGCUCCCAUUCCUGACCUCUUUCCACCUUGCCGAGUCACCGACCUAACGGCUAGCAUCCAGGGGCACAAGCUCGUGAAUCUGACCUGGACCGCUCCUGGGGAUGACUACGACCAUGGGAGAGCUUCCAAGUACAUCAUCCGAAUAAGCACAAAUAUUGCUGAUCUAAGAGACAAGUUCAAUACCUCCAUCCAAGUGAACACCACCAACCUCAUCCCCAAGGAGGCCAACUCUGAGGAAAUCUUUGCGUUUGAACUGGAAGAUGAUAGUUUUGGAAAUGGCACCGAUGUCUUCAUUGCUAUCCGGGCUGUGGAUAAGUCCAACCUGAAAUCAGAAAUAUCAAACAUUGCACGGGUAUCUCUGUUCAUCCCCACUGAAGAGAAGCCCACCUCCAAUGACACGGCUCCUCUUUGCCCUGAUGUUAGUAUCAACAGCACUAUCCCUGGCAUCCAUGUGCUGAAAAUAAUGUGGAAGUGGCUAGGGGAAAUGCAGGUGACGCUAGGCUUGCACUGAAUUUUCAGGAGAUAAAUAAAUAAAGCAUUCCUUGCAUUGUAGAACUUUCUAAAAUGGAAUUUAGACUUCCUGUAGGGGGCAAUAUAGUAGUAUGGGAAGCUCAAAGUCUGGAUCUAUGUGUAUUAGUAAUUCUCUGCCCAGAUUCUAAGGUUUAAUCUUUGCUCGAUCUUUGGAUGGUAAUUUUGAAUGCUUGGAAGAACCAAAUGUUGCUUUUACUAGUAGAUUUUAGUUAGUCCUAAGGAACUUUUCCAGGUAAAAAUAACAUUCAAUUGCAGUUAGUUAAUCUACAAACUACUAUAAUGUCAGAAAUGCCUAACCAAAUUAUUUAAAUACAAAAGAUCUGGAACUAACAUCACCAAGAAUGUGUCUUCCUUCCCCUAGAUCUGAGUAAAGAUGGACCAUUCAUGGACGGGGGCACACUGUGGGAAGAAAUCAUACAUUGGUAGUUCCAUGAGUGUAGAAUGCAAGAGUCAGUGAUGCCUAAAGCCACAGUGACAGGGAACAAGGAAGGGCGGUAGAUACAGACCGAGUGAUACAGAAAUAAAAAUAUAUUUCAUAACUUUGUCCAAAUGCUCUACUAACAGCCGUCUUAGUUUUCUAUGGCUGUGAAAAGACACCAUGGCCAAGACAACACAUAGAAGAAGGCAUUUAACUGGGGGCUUUCUUACAGUGUAAGCCAGUUAGUCUAUCAUCACCACGAUGUGGAGUGUGGCCAUAGGACAGCAGGCAUGGAACUGGAGCAGUAGCUGAGAGUUUACAUCUUAUCCUCAAGUUAGAAACAGAGACUGGGUGGUG